UUCCCUCCUUUCUCCUUCUUUCCCUUCCUCCCUUCGCUCUCGGGUGGAGCUGCUCCUCUGCUGACAUCAGCCUAGAGAAAGGGACAAGCAGAAAACCCCUCCAGCUCCUGCUCCUUCCCUCUUGGAAGCUGCUUCCCUUUCCCCUCCUGCUGCUGGCCUGGGAACCCAGGGGGACCCUCAUGGAGAUUUUCCUCAAGUUAUGAAAGUAUGACAUCAUAAUCACCCUGGUAAUUAGAGCAUAUGAAGAUCAAUGGCAUUACACUGAUCUUCAGAGAAGAUGGCCUAUUAGAUAUUCAGGGAACGGCACAGAACUCAAAAUGGCAGCCCAGAGGAUUCGAGCUGCUAAUGCUAAUGGCCUCCCACGGUGCAAGUCUGAGGGGACACUGAUUGAUCUGAGUGAAGACUUUCCUGAAACCAGCUUUAGUUCUGUCAAAGUGCCUUCUCCUAGUGCCUUGAUGGUAGACAAUCCUACAUCAUUUGGAAAUGCAAAGGAAGUUGUAGCAAUCAAAGACUAUUGCCCAAACAACUUCACCACCUUGAAAUUCUCCAAGGGUGACCACCUUUAUGUCUUAGAUACCUCAGGAGGUGAGUGGUGGUAUGCUCACAAUACCACAGAGAUGGGCUACAUCCCAUCAUCCUAUGUCCAGCCUAUCAAUUACCGGAACUCUUCAUUGACAGACAGUGGAAUGAUAGACAAUCUUCUCGAAAGCUCUGAUGAAGGAGCCAAAGAACUUGAUCUCCUCGGAGACUGGACUGAGGCAAAAUGGAGCUUAGCCAAAAACAAUCCAUUCUUGAAUAACAAACAGAGUAACCCAUUUCUCAAUGGGAAUUUGCAGACAAUUCCCAACAGAGAAAAUGAAUCUUUCCUCCAUACUCCAGUGGAUUUGUUGCUCUUUGACACAGGAGUGCCUACAUUUACAGGGUCGAGCUCUGCAACAAACAGUAGUGUCGGUAACCAUCUUGAUGAGAUUCCAUCAAUGAAUGGAUUUGAUUUUGAGCAGCCAAGCAGACGGGACAAUCCUUUUUUCAGAAGCAAGCGCUCAUACAGUUUAUCAGAACUCUCAGUGCUUCAGGCAAAGUCAGAAAAUGUGGCAUCAUCAGGCUUAUUUUCUGGGCUGAAAUCUCCUACCCCAGAGCAAUUCCAGAGCAGGGAAGAUUUCAGAACUGCAUGGUUGAACCAUCGAAAGCUAGCAAGAUCAUGCCAUGACCUGGAUCUGCUGGGCCAGAACCCUGGCUGGGGUCAGACACAACCUGUGGAAACGAACAUAGUUUGCAAGCUGGAUAGCUCUGGGGGAGCAGUUCAGCUUCCGGAUACAAACAUUAAUAUUCGUAUUCCAGAAGGUCAUGUGGCUGCUGGAGAGACACAACAGAUCUCUAUGAAAGCUCUGUUAGAUCCACCUUUGGAGCUAAAUAGUGACAGGUGCAGCACCAUAAGCCCUGUGCUAGAGAUUAAGCUGAGCAACAUGGAAAUCCGAACCUCCAUUCUGCUAGAGAUGAAGAUUUCAGCAGAAGUGAAGAAUGACAUUGUGAGUAAGAGUUUAGUAGGGAUACAGUGUCUGCGGAGUGACAUGAAGGAAGGCCCAUAUACACCAGUGCAACUCAAACAGUGCUAUGGAGACACAAUCCAGGUUGAGCUGGAGAACUUGGAGCCUUGUAUGUACAUUGCAGCCGUGGCUCAAGGACAGAACAUUCUGUAUCCUUACACUGUCUGGGAACACAUCCUUAAAAAGGUUACUGUGGGUGUUUAUGGUCCAAAACACAUCCACCCUUCUUUUAAAACAGUAGUGGCCAUCUUUGGACAUGAUUGUGCCCCAAAGACUCUGCUAGUAAAUGAAGUUACACGCCAAGUACACUGUGUUGCACCUGUGGCACUGCAGUUGUGGGGUAAGCACCAGUUCAUCUUGGGGAGGCCUCAAGACCUAAAGCUUUGUAUGUUUUCAAACAUGAUGAAUUAUGAGGUGAGAGCCAGUGAACAGGCAAAAAUAGUGAGAGGCUUCCAAAUGAAGCUGGGAAAAAUCAGUCGCCUUAUCUUUCCCAUCAUAUCCCAUGACCCUAAUGAACUAUCUGACUUCACAUUGAGAGUACAGGUCAAGGAUGAAAAGGAUGCCAUCCUGACUCAGUUCUGUGUGCAAACACCCCAGCCUCCUCCCAAAAGUGCCAUCAGGUCAACUGGACAGAGAAGAUUCCUGAAGAAAAACGAGGUUGGCAAGAUCAUCUUGUCCCCUCUUGCAACUACCAGCAAAUACCCAGUUUUCCAGGAUCGGAUAGUGGGAAGCUUAAAAUAUGGCAAACUGCUGAAAACAGUGGUGAGGCAAAACAAGAAUCAUUACCUCUUGGAAUAUAAGAAAGGAGAUGCCAUCGCUUUGCUCAGUGAGGAGAAAAUUAAGUUGAAAGGCCAGCUCUGGACAAAAGAGUGGUAUAUUGGAUACUAUCAGGGUAAAAUUGGCCUUGUCCAUACCAAAAAUGUUUUAAUUGUUGGGAAAAUCAAGCCAAAUUAUUUCUCUGGGCCAGAGCUCACCACUAGCAUUUUGCUAGAGCAAAUCCUGCGGCCUUGUAAAUUUCUCACCUAUAUCUACGCGUCAGUAAGGACUUUGCUCAUGGAAAACAUUAGCAGCUGGCGGGCAUUUGCAGAUGCCCUGGGGUACAGCAACUUGCCUCUUGCUUUCUUCUGUCGAGCAGAGCUAGACAGCGAGCCGGAAUGUGUGGCUUCUGUGCUGGAGAAACUGAAAGAAGACUGCAAUAAUUCAGACAAUAAGGAUAGGAAAUCUUUCCAGAAGGAAUUGAUGUCAGCCUUACUGAAAAUGGACUGCCAGGGAUUGGUAGUCAGGCUCAUUCAGGAUUUUGUGCUUUUGACUACGGCAGUGGAAGUAGCCCAGCGGUGGAGAGAACUUGCAGAGAAACUGGCCAAGGUCUCCAAGCAACAAAUGGAUGCCUAUGAGGCUCCCCAUCGGGACAAGAAUGGAGCUGUAGAUAGUGAGGCAAUGUGGAAACCAGCGUAUGAUUUCAUGCUCACAUGGAGCAAUCAGAUGGGAGACAGUUACCGUGAUGUUACCCAAGAACUUCAUACUGGUCUUGAUAAGAUGAAGAAUCCUAUCACAAAACGUUGGAAGCAUCUUACAGGAACCCUAAUUUUAGUGAAUUCCUUGGAUAUACUACGGGCAGCUGCCUUUAGUCCACAAGAAGAACACGAUGAUUAUGCUAUCUGAUGAAGAGUUGUAAUUUCCUCAGAACACAUUGCUGUUUGUUUUUAUGCUUUUAACUAAUGGUGUGAGAAAGGGAGAACAGUUCUGACAUGCCAAAGUUAUGAGCAACGAUUGCUGGGCUCCAAGUGCAAACUCCUUAUUCUCGCCUCUACCCUUUGCUGAGGACACCCAAGACAGUAUUCUGUGCACAGUGUGAUUGACAGCUUUUCUUAAUUUGUACCAUUUAAAACUGAACUUUUUAAAGGCAUUUGCAAAUGUUGGACUGGAAAGUUGAAAUCACUUUGGGAAAAAGUUCCUCUUUUGAUGUAACAUAAAAAUGUUUUUUGUUUGUUUGUUUAAACACUUUGAAUCAUUAAUACGUAUUAAAAUGAAGCACAGUCUUAUAUCUCCUUACAAGGAUUUGGAUUUGUAAUGUGUGACUCAGAACUGUUGAUAGAUCAGUCAGUAUGUAAACUCCACCAACUGUUGUGAGCUUAUCAGUGUUAGUAACUCUCCCCCAUUAUGUAUAUCUUUUUGUAAAGGAGGAAAAUGCACACUUUUUUCAAUUUAGCUUACUUUUGUAAUGCAAAAUUUAGCACAAGAUGUCGCAUCUGUGGAAAAGGUGUGCUUCACUUUUGUCUGCUUCAGAUCCAAAAAAAUAACAGAAACAGUUUAAGGUUAUAGGACUUCCCCAUCGCUUUCCACAUUUAGGAGAAAUAAAUUUCAGUGGAUGCCAUACAUGGCAAAAGAUAACAUUUCAUGUCAUUUAACAUUUCAUUCUGUAUCAGCAGCUCCAUGGCCAUCUUUAGUGGUGUACAUUGUAUGGAUAUAUUUUAAAAUAUGGCAAGUGGGUGUUUUAUUGGUGGUUAUUAAUUGUGCCAUCACUGAGCUGAUGUAGAGACUUGGACUGAGGCAGUAAGCCAGCAUCUGGGUUGUACUACGUCAAGCUGUAAGCGAGCAGCUCACAAGAGUAAAUGCUCACUAGUCAGUUUUUAAAAAAGAAAGAAGGGAAGGGACUAUGAUGAAAAAACUUUCCAUCAUAUGACUCCUAAUUACAUCUUGAAGUAUUUACAGCCUAGAACACUGAUUUAUCGCCUAGCUUUCUGUCUGAUCUGAAAUCUACUUUGAUCAAUUAGAAAUGCUUCAUUUGGCAUUUUUUCUGCUGUAGUCAUGCUCCAAGUGUACAAUAUCUUGGCUUAUUUGCUAAUUCUAGACCAUUGGUAUUCACUGAUACUCACCAUACGUGUUGUAUGACAAGUAAUGCUGUCAUGGACAACCAAGAGAUGAAGCAGUAUCAUCUUGUGGCUUCAUAUUCUAGAUAACAGCUAUAAAAAAAUAAGUCUAGUUCUACUUGUACAUGAAAGUUUCAUGAAACCCUUUCAGUCUACCUCUUAACUCGAAGAUAUUUCAUGUGGGAAAGUUUGUUGGGGGGGGUAUUGUAUAGGUGAGUGUUUGCUUUUUGCACAAAAAUACCUUUUCAUAUUAAAAACAUUUAUUAAAUCUAAAAAAAUAAUGAGGUGCUUUUCAAAUAUUGUCUACUAAAGGGUUUCUUUUUUGGUCAAGAUUUGCAUAAGACCUUUUAGCAGUAUGGCUACUAUAAGUAACUUUUUAAACCUGUUUUUCUCAAAUGAAGGAAAUGUUCCUGCUUUGUUCAAGGUGACCUUUCAAACAACUUGGGGUUAUGCAACACAGUUUUCUUACUAGCAGUUCCAGAGUUUCAUCAAAGUAGAAUCUAACUAAGAAAAGCAUUUCUGUUGUUUGUAUUCAGGUUUAAUGUUCUGUGGGGGGGAGCAUCUGUUAUUUAUUUUAUCUUUUAAAGGAGCUCUUUUUAAAGGUGCUGCCACAUUUCUUUUUAUUUCUUUGUUCCCUCCCCCUUCUUUCCACCUUUUUAUUCUUUUAAAUAGUCCCUCAACUUACACUGUUAUCUGUAUUUGGUUGAAAGCACCUUAAUCUUAGGAUUUUGUUAAAAGAGUUGGGGAGCAGAUUCCUAUGCAAGUUUUCACACCACAGAUUUGAACUUGGUUAAGUUAGCAUAUUCUUUUCACAUGCUCAUGGAACAUUUAUUUUUCCAAAGUAUGUAAUCCCUCCCCCUCUCCUACAAGAUCAGGAUCUCCACAAGGUCUUCAAUAAGAUCUUUGGAGGUAGGAAAGAUGCAGAUUGGAGAUCCAGAGCAGAAGCAGGUUGGCGAUGGAGGCUUCCCUUUCACUGUGGUAUGUUCAGUACCUUGGAUGGUGGGCCAUGGGAAUCCGUGAUGUGCACUGUGUUGUAGGCAAACACUGAGCUGUUGAUGUCACAACAAGGAGAUCAGCAUCCAAGUUAGCCUUAUUCUGCACCUGGAUCUGUGCCAGCACUGUUUCUCCCUUUGGCAUCUGUGAGCUUGGCAUAGGGAUUACGGACUAUAGAUUCAAACGAAGAACUAGUUGGUAGCUUUAUUAUGAGGGCCAGGAUUUGAGCCAAAGCAAUGAGAUUUUAAUCAAUUUUAUAAAUAGAAUUUUAGAGCUAGAUGUUGGAGAAGGUUUCAUCUCCUGAAACUAGAUCAGGUCUUCCAUAAUAGAUUGGGGAGCGGAAGGAUGAAUUGGUUUGCCUUGUUCUUCUGCCAGUUUUGUCAAACUACCUCAGGUCUUGCAUGCCUUUUCAUGUUUUGACUUAAAGCCUAGAAGCUUCCCUAGAUGACUGCCACCAGACCACCACCAUCACAGAAUCACAGCAGCAGCUUUUCUAGAUUAGUCAAUGCAGUUGCUGCAUGAUCUCCCCAAGCCCCGUUUUGACUAAAAUAUCACCUCCCAGCACAUAGUUGGAGUGGUUUGUAUGUUCUGCCAAAUGCCUUUCACUCAAAGUAUGACCUUACAAGGUAAGCUUGCUUUGGAUUUUACAUUAAUGAACUGUACAAGUAGUCUGUUGUACAUUUUUUUAAAAAAAACGUGUCAAAAUUAUACAAUUAAAGCAGAUAUUUGAACACA